GGAGACAAAAGGGGCCGCGGCGGCCGGAGCGGGACUGGCCCGGCGCGGGAGGGAGCGCAGCACCGCGGGCAGCGAGCGAGAUGCAUCACCGAGGCUUCCUCCUCCUCGCCCUCCUCACCCUGCUGGCGCUCACCUCCGCGGUGGCCAAAAAGAAAGACAAAGUGAAGAAGGGCGGCCCGGGGACCGAGUGCGCGGAGUGGGCCUGGGGGCCCUGCACCCCCAGCAGCAAAGACUGCGGCGUGGGCUUCCGCGAGGGCACCUGUGGGGCCCAGACUCAGCGUACCCGGUGCAGGGUGCCUUGCAACUGGAAGAAGGAGUUUGGAGAUCUGACCCAGGGCGCUCUCCCUCCAGCGGACUGCAAGUACAAGUUUGAGAGCUGGGGGGCGUGUGAUGGGGGCACGGGCACCAAAGCCCGCCAAGGCACCCUGAAGAAGGCGCGGUAUAAUGCCCAGUGCCAGGAGACCAUCCGCGUGACCAAGCCCUGCACCCCCAAGACCAAAGCCAAAGCCAAAGCCAAGAAAGGGAAGGGAAAGGACUAACAGCCAGGUCUGGAUGCCGCGGAGCCCAGGGCCGGUGCCCUCCCUCCCACAGGCCCAAGAUCUAACCUACCAGUGCCUUUUGUCUACUCAUUAGCUUUAUCAAUCAUACCCUGCUUCUUCCCUUUCAGUCCUCUGCCCCCACCCCCAAGUGUCCCAGAUUGGGAGGGACAGGGGAUUGUGGACAGCUUGAGCCUUCUGCCCCAGAGGGAUGUGAUUCCCGGUACCCCCUUUUGUUCUUCCCCACAAAGAUGCCAUUACUGAGAAAUAAAUAAACAGUCGUGUUUUUGUUUUGA